CGCAUCCUUCUCCUCUUCUGUCCAGGCGGCGUCUCUGUCGAUCAAUUGUGCGCCGCCUUCGCCUGCAUAGCCCGGAGAGAGCCGUCAUCCUUACCUGCGCCGACCGACGCCUCUGCAGCUUCUCCAGGGGUUGCCCGUUGAGGAGGGGUUAGGCUUCGUCAUGUCGAAGUCGGACCUGGAUGAUCUGCUUCUUCAGGCUGCCGGCCGGACGGGGAAGAACCAGUCCCGGCCGAGCAAUCCGCGGUGGAACUCUGGGGGGAGCGGCUCCGACGGCUUCGACGACGACGACGACGACGACUCUGACGCCGCGCCGACCUACUCGAGGAAGAAGCCUUCGUCGCAGGUACCGCUCAAGAAGCGGCACAAGCCGGAGAAGGGCGGCCGGCGUGGCGGUGGUGGGUGGAACGACGAGGAUGAUGAGGACGAGGAUGGGCGUCGGAGUGGCGGGGAGGACUCGGACAGCGCCCCUUCAGUGGGGAGUGACCUAUACAAGGAUGAAGACGACAAGGAGCGUCUGGAGAACAUGUCUGAGUUGCAAAGGGAGUUGAUCCUAGCUGAGCGGGGCACCCGCCUCGACGACUACAAGCUCAAGCAGCGGGCACGUGCGUCCUCCUCCAAGACGGACAAGGUGGGUGCGCCAAAGGAUAGCAGCCCACCCCCACCGCCUAGCCGGAUGCGGUCUUCUACCCGAACUGACAAGUCUGGGUCCGCCGCUAAGAGCGCGCUGGACGAGCUGCGGGCAAAGCAGCGGAUGCGGCAACAAGCUCCGGAGGCACGCAGGAUCACGGACCUACUCCCACAUAGUGGCUCAUCCAUUAGGCGCAGGGCUGGGAGCCCACCAAGUGAUGGGAGCAACGAUGGCAAUAACAGGGGGAGGAUGAAUGACCAUGGGAGGAUUGCUGGUGAUGGCAGGGAUGAUGAAUUUGAUGAAUCGCCGAGUAGGCUUGAUCCACUCAAGUUUGAUGAUGUGAAGAGUAUUACCCUCAGGAGGUCAAAACUGGUGAAAUGGUUCAUGGAGCCAUUCUUUGAUGAUCUAAUUUCUGGUUGUUUUGUGCGGCUAGGUAUUGGUAAGACAAAGAAUGGGACCCCCAGUUACAGGCUGUGCAUAGUGAGGAACGUGGAUGCAAGCGAUCCAGAUCGGAAUUACAAACUGGAAAACUACUCGACAUGCAAAUAUCUCAAUGUUGUGUGGGAUAGUGAGGCUAAUGCUGCUCGGUGGCAGAUGACUCAGGUAUCGGACUCCCCACCCAACGAAGAAGAGUUCAAGGACUGGCUGCAAGCGGCAGAGAAGAAUGGUGCACGCAUACCGACUCGGCAGGAAGUCCUGGAUAAGAAAGAAGCCAUUCAGAAUGCCUAUAACUUUGUGUAUUCAGCAGCAACUGUACAACAGAUGCUGCAAGAGAAAUCAGCUGUGAGACGACCUAUCAAUAUUGCUGCUGAGAAGGAUCGGUUGAGGAGUGAAUUGGAGAUGGCUCUUAGCCGUAGGAACGAACAUGAAGCUGAGAGGAUUCGUACGAAGCUGAAAAAUCUGCAAAACAGGGCACAACCAGUGUCAAAAGAUAAUAAGGCUGCAAAGUUGGAGGCUAUGAACCGGAAGAACCGCGCUGAUAACUUCAAGAACGCUUCAGAACUGAAACCUGUAAAUACAUCUUUGAAGGCAGGAGAAGCUGGUUAUGACCCUUUCUCGAGGAGGUGGACAAGGUCAAGAAAUUAUUAUGCAUCGAAGCCAGGAGGAAAUAAUGUUGAAGAAACUGCCAAUGGGUCCAGUAGUAAUGUAGCGCCUAGCAAUGAAGAUACAAAGAGCAAGGCUCAAACUGGUACAGCAGCCACAACAGCAGCUCAAGUGGCAGCAGCUGAUGCCGGGAAGCUCAUUGAUACCAAUGCACCAGUGGAUCUGGGAACAGAAUCAAAUAUGCUGCAUACAUUUGAGCUUCCUAUAUCAUUGUCUGCUCUGCAAGAAUUUGGUGGAGCCAAGGGCCUGUUUGAUGGUUACAUGGCAAGGAGGCAGAAGAUAGAAGCUACAAUGGGGUACAAAGUGCCUGACAACGAUGGAAGGAGGCAUGCUUUAACCCUGAGUGUGAGUGAUUACAAAAGGCGACGGGGUCUCCUCUGAAGUGUAUCUGUGAUUGUGCUGGGUGCUCAGCGGAUUCAAAUAUCUGCCUGGCUUCAGCGCCUCUGCAUUGCUGUGACAAUUGUCCAGAUCAUCUGCAUUUUGCCUUAUCUUCCUAUAAGUAACAUAAAACAUGCGAUAAAACAUGCGGAGUAUACAAUUUCUUUCAUAAAUAUUACCUGAUGUAUGACUGAUUAUGUUACUGACAUCAUGUUUAUAUCCGUGGAUUGUGUCGUUGUCAUCAUCAUCAUCGUAUCCUUGUUAGCUGCAAAAACUGGAUUCCAUAAUUAGUUCAAUUAAAAUAAAUGCAGCUUUCAUUUUUCGGAUUC